AUGUCUAAGAACAAUGGCCAUGAGGCAUCGGCAAAUUCCAUCGGCACCACUGUGGCCCAAAUUGUUGUUCCCUAUAUAUACCGUGUCCAAACUUGGACUUGGAAGGCCAGCACAUCAGAAUCUGAGGACAAUGAUGUCCCGAAGGUCAUCAUCCAUAAUGCCAAACCAUUGAGCAAGACUCGGUUGGACACUGGUAAAGCCCCACCGAGGAAGAAGAUGAAGCCCACACAGGCCAAAUUGAAGAAGGUCGUAGUCGAGGAGGAUGAUGACAACAUCCCAACUCAUGAUGUCAUUUUUGUAAAGAGAAAACCAACAGUUGGGCCUGGUAAUCAGCCCUCGAUAUCUUCUUCAGAAUCGGACGCCGAGGAUGCCGUCUCUCCUGAAGAGACAUCAUCUGUCCGCAUCUUUGGUGUGCCAUGUGAACACUGUAUCAAGAACAAUGUUGCUUACACCGCCAUCCUUGCCAAGAAAUCUGGCGAGGCCAAGGCAGCUGCAGCUGCCGACAAGAAGGCAAAGAAGGCAAUGAAGAAGACCAACACACUGGCUCCUUUGCCGAAGUCGAUCAAUCGACCCAAGGCGCCCGCCCAGCCGCAAUCUCCACCACCACUGACUCCUCAUGCGGAGUCGGAUGAGGAUGCUGAUGCUGAUGGUGUUCUUGAUGUUGAACAAGCAACAGCCGCACCACUUUCCCUGGCUGUUGCACUCCCAUCAUCUCCUGCGAAACAUGUUAAUGCAGAGUCUCGUCCAGAUAUUGAACACCUGCAACAACUGGCACCCAGUCCUGCAGACUUCGACAUCGACAUGGGUGUUGCCUUCAACCAUGCCGAACCAUCUCCUCCUCGGAUUGGGUCUAAUAACCCCAUUCUGCAAUUCAUGGAACAGCCGACAAAUCGGGACCUGCUCCUCCGAAUUGAUGCUCUCGGCAGUAAGUUCGAGGUGUUGUUCAAGACUUCAGGCGAUCACACCGAUGCCAUUCAUGAAGAGAUGGAUUCAAGGUUCACUGCCUUGGAUGACAACUGGGCUGCCAAGUUCGUUGUGAUGGAGGACAAGAUCCGGAGUGUUGAGGAGAGGGUUCAGGAUGUGGAGAUGAAAACCUGCAGCAAUGUCGCAUCGAUCGGAUACAUGGCCAAUGCACUCAAGGCCAUGAAGAUCCCCGACAUUCGACGUCCUUCGACCCCCCUUCUGCAGGGCCAUCUGUUCAUGGACACCCAUAUGGCCAAAUACCCGGGACAUGGCUUCAGCCCCCUUUCGCAGCUCCUCAACCUUUGGAUCCGAGUAUAUCGGAACUCGGCAAAAAUCUCACCACUGCUUGGGAUUUGUCUGCAGCUCCUCCAGCAACUGCCGAGAAUAAUUCUGCCUCCGCAAGGCAAGGAUCCCUCGAUUACCACAACUUGA